CCGAGCUCUGCCGCUCCGCCAUCACGCCGCCAUUUCCGGAAGUGGGGCGGCGCCGGGGGGCGGGGCCUGCCGAGCGGUUUCCGCUUCCGCCCCCGCCCCCGCCAUCUUUGCGCCCUUGGUGGACUCAGGAGUCCGUCCCCUACAGCAAGGAUGUCGAGCCGAAGAGUUACCAUGAAAGCUGUUGACUGGUUGGCGUUUGGCGAGCGGGUCCCACCCAACCAGAGAGCCAUGUUCAAUGCACUGAAGACUCGAAGUGAUGCCCUGUCUGGCCGGUUGACGUCGCUUCCUGAGAAACCUCCAGCCAUUGACUGGAGCUACUAUCGGAAAAUGAUUGUUAAACCUGGUAUGGUGGAUGAGUUUGAAAAGAAGUACAAUGCUUUAAAGAUUCCAGAACCCAUCGACACACAAGCUGAGAAAAUUAGUACUCAGGAGCAAGAGGCUAAUAAGAGUGCUGAGACCUAUUGCCAGGCUUCAAAGGAGCGGAUUUCCAAAUAUGAGGAGGAGCUCGCGAAAUUCAAAAGCAUGGUUCCGUUUGACCAGAUGACCAUCGACGAUCUGAACCAGGCUUUCCCUGAAACCAAGCUGGACAAGGAGAAGUAUCCCUAUUGGCCUCACAAGCCCAUCAAUGAGCUGUGACAGUCCCUGUGCUGGCUGCAGAUGUAACUUUAUUUUAAAAUAAAGCAAUGUUCAGAGUUGAA